AUGGAGACUCUGCAUCCACUCUCUCACGCGCCUAUUUCUGACCACCGGUUCGUUGUUCAAGAGAGGAUGAGCUUACAAAGCUUGAGCAGCAGCUGGACUAAAGAAGAGAACAAGAUGUUCGAACGAGCCCUUGCCAUAUACGCUGACGACUCGCCUGAUCGCUGGUUCAGAGUUGCUUCCAUGAUCCCUGGAAAGUCUGUUUUGGAUGUCAUGAAGCAGUACAAUAAGCUCGAAGAAGACGUCUUCGAUAUCGAAGCAGGGCGUGUCCCCAUUCCGGGUUACCCUGCGGCUUCUUCUCCUCUAGGGUUUGAUCCGGACAUGUCUCGGAAACGGUCUUACGGAGCCAGACCAUCUGAUCACGAUCGAAAGAAAGGAGUCCCAUGGACUGAGGAAGAACACAGGAGGUUCCUUUUAGGGCUUCUCAAGUACGGGAAAGGAGACUGGAGAAACAUAUCAAGAAACUUCGUGGUGUCGAAGACACCAACGCAAGUUGCGAGCCACGCCCAAAAGUAUUACCAGAGACAACUCUCGGGAGCCAAGGAUAAGCGCCGGCCAAGCAUACAUGACAUCACAACCGUCAAUCUUCUAAACGCCAAUCUCAACCGUUCCUUUCCCGAUCACAGAGAUAUCCUCCCGGAUUUAGGGUUUAUCGACAAGGAUAAUGCCGAGGAGGGAGUAAUGCUUAUGAGUCAGAAUCUAUCUUCGGAAAACCUGUUUUCUCCAUCAUCAUCUCCUUUCGGUGCUGCCUUUAACUUUGCUGGAGUAAAUGCUUUCGGUGCCGGAGCUUAA